AUGGCGCAGGAGGUGGAGUCUGUCCACAAGAAGCCAAAGAAGAGAGACGAGAUGGUGCUGGAGACAGAGCCUGCCACAAAGAAGCUGAAGGGGAAGAACCUGAGGCUUCAGGGGCCCUUCAAUCUUUCUAUCACUCGCUCUCUGGGCUCCUUUAAAUCGGUGCUGAGCGUGAGGAAGGAUACAGAGCGACGCAUCGCGGGCUGGGCGCGGGCUCGGGCAUGGGCAUGGGCAUCACCUGUUCCGAGAGGGGCAUGCGCACUGCGAGGGCGCGGGCGAGGAGGCGGGGCGCGGAGGGAGGGGCGGACGGCGCCCGGCUGGCAGCGCUCAGACCUGCUUCUCCGCGGCUCGUGGCGUGAGGCGGCGUCGGGAGUUGUCUUCUGGAAAGCCUUGCACACCGCGAUCCCGGCCGGCAUGGAGGCGGACCUGAGCCAGCUGAGCGAGGAGGAGAGGAGACAGAUCGCCGCUGUCAUGUCAAGGGCGCAGGGGCUGCCCAAGGGAAGCGUCCCCCCGGCCGCUGCGGAGCCGCCUUCCAUACACAGGAAACAAGAGUUGGACAGUAGUCAUUCUCCAAAGCAACCAGGAAAACCGCCGGACCCUGGGCGUCCAGUUCAGCCUGGCCUCAGUAAAAGUAGAACUACAGACACUUUGAGGUCAGAGCAGAAAUUGCCUGGAAGGAGUCCUUCCACUAUUAGCUUGAAAGAAUCAAAAUCCAGAACUGACUUUAAGGAAGAGCACAAGUCUAGUAUGAUGCCUGGCUUCCUCUCAGAGGUUAACCCUUUAAGUGCUGUCUCCUCUGUUGUAAAUAAAUUCAAUCCUUUUGAUUUGAUAUCAGACUCUGAUGCCUCUCAGGAGGAAGCCACCAAGAAACAAAAAAUAGCUCAGAAGGAACAAGGAAAACCUGAAGGAAUCACAAAGCCUCCGUCACAGCAGCAGUCACCCAAGUCAGUUCCUAAGCAGCCAGGACCUGUGAGGGCCCCGCUUCAGCAGGAUGGCUCUCCCAAAUCUGUAUCUUCUCAGCAGCCGGAACAAAUUAAAUCGCAACCUCAAGAAACAGGAAAGCCAACUCAUGCUCCUCAGACAGACCCGGCAAAAUUGCCACUUCAGAGAGAUGCAGCCAAGCCUCCGACUAGACAGACAGACACAGUAAGGGGAGAAUCGGUUAAACCCUCACUGCAGAGCCCAUCCAAGCCACCUAUUCAGCAAGUGAGUCCUGGAAAACCUCCAGCCCAGCAGCCUGGACCAGAAAAGCUUUCCACACCACAGCCUGGGCCUGCAAAGCCCUCGGCUCAGCAGCCAGGACCAGCGAAGGCCCUGGUUCAACAGCCAGGGACAGCCAAGUCCCCAGCCCCACCACCAGGGACCACGAAGCCUGCAGCUCAGCCUGGGCCAAAGACUCCUGCUCAGCAGCCAGGGCCAGCCAAGCCCCCAGCCCAGCAGCCAGGGCCACCGAAACCCCCAGCCCAGCAGCUGGGGCCACCCAAACCCCCAGCCCAGCAGCCGGGGCCACCCAAACCCCCAGCUCACCAGCCUGGGCCGCAGUCUCCAGCUCCGCCAGCGGGGCCUGCAAAGACUCCAGCCCAGAAGGUUGGGCCAGGAAAGACUCUGGCUCAGCAGCCAGGCCCAACAAAGCCCCCUCCUCAACAGCCGGGCCCAGCAAAGCCCCCUCAGCAGCCGGGCCCAGUAAAGCCUUCAGCUCAGCAACCUACAAAAUCAGUAAGCCAAACGGGAGCUGGGAAACCUCUGCAGCCACCAACUUUUCCAUCUGCAGCACAGACUCCAGUACAAGGCCUCCCAAAAACCAUCUGUCCUCUUUGCAAUACCACUGAACUUCUGUUGCAUGUUCCAGAAAGGGCCAAUUUUAACACAUGCACUGCAUGUCAGACCACUGUUUGUAGCCUCUGUGGUUUUAAUCAUCCUCAUUUAACUGAGGUUAAAGAGUGGCUCUGUUUAAACUGUCAGAUGCAAAGAGCUCUCGGAGGUGAUCUGGCUCCAGUUCCAUCCUCACCACAGCCCAAACCGAAGACUGCCCCUGUUCCUGCAUCAGCAGUGAGCAAACCUUCUCCACAGUCACAGCAGAUUUCUCCAAAGAAGGAUGCUACCCCCAGACAGGAUAUCUCAAAGGCACCCGAGGCUAAAAAGCCCCCACCGCUAGUGAGACAGCCAACCUUCCCCGGCCCCCUGCCAGUCCCAGCCCAGCAGCCUCUCGUGGCAGAGCCCUCAUCCAAGCCGGCGCCUCCCAAAGGGCCCUCUGUCCCAUCUGAACAGGCCGAGGUCUCCGUGGCUGAUGAUAAACCAAAGCAGCCCAAGACAGUAAAGCCAGCCACAGACACGGUGUCUUUAUCAACAGCAGCAAAACCUGGUAUUCCGAGCUCCAAAGUACCACCCCAGGAUCAAGAGAAGAUAACUCCUCCGCUAAAACCGGACGCUGCCAAACCCUCACAGAGUUUUCCGCCGACAGGAGAAAAAGUCACCCCAUUUGACUCUAAAGUCAUACCUCGACCUGCAUCAGAUUCAAAAAUUAUUUCACAUCCUGGGCCUAGUUCAGAGGGUAAAGGCCAAAAACAAGUUGAUCCCAUUCAAAAGAGAGAAGAACCCAAGAAAGCACAAACCAAAACGAGUCCUAAGCCAGAUGCCAAGCUGAUGCCAAAGGGGUCACCGACACCCCAAGGUCCACGACCUUCCGCUGGCCAACCUGCCCCCCCGUCUCCACAGCCCGCAAAGCCUCAGGAGCAGUCAAGACGUUUUAGUCUGAAUCUGGGAAGUAUUACUGAUGCGCCUAAAUCACAGCCCACAACUCCUCAAGAAACUGUGACAGGGAAACUCUUUGGGUUUGGAGCAUCCAUCUUCAGCCAGGCAUCCAGUCUGAUCUCCACAGCAGGCCAGCCUGGAUCUCACGCGCAGAGUGGUCCAGCGGCCCUGGCAAAACAAGUCCCUUCUCCUUCCCAGCCACCCACUUCUCAGGGGCCGCCCAAAUCCACAGGCCAGGCCCCACCAGCACCUGCAAAGGCUAUACCAGUGAAAAAGGAAGCUAAACCUCCAGGAGCCGAGAAGGUAGAGCCCAAAGCUGAGCAAGUUUCAACAGUAAAAAGAACAGAACCAGAAAAGAAACCUCUGCCUUCUAAGGACAGCAAACCUCCAGCAGCUGUGCCUGAAAAGGCUGCUCUUCCCCCCAAACUGGAAGAAAUCCCCAGACCAGAAUCAGCCUGUCCUCUCUGCAAAACUGAACUCAACGUAGGUUCCAAGGACCCUCCUAACUUCAGCACUUGCACCGAAUGCAAGAACCAAGUGUGUAAUCUCUGUGGAUUUAACCCUACACCACACUUGACUGAGAUUCAAGAAUGGCUUUGUUUAAAUUGCCAGACCCAGAGAGCAAUGUCAGGGCAGCUUGGAGACAUGGGCAAAAUGCCACCUACACAGUCAGGACCAAAAGCCUCCCCUAUGCCUGUCCCUACAGAACAACCGUCUCAGAAAACAGCAGUGCCCACGCAAGUAAAAGUGAAAAAGAAGGAACAAGAAUUAAAAACAGAGGCUGAAAAGAUCAUUCCAGAAAAAGUAAAGGAAACACCUUCAGUUGAAAAAACUCUCCCUAAGGAAACCACAGAUCAAAUCCAAGAAGAGAGUAAACUAGAGAAAGACAAAAUUUUAGCCCCUCAAGACAAAAAGCUACCUUCUGAAGACAAAAAGCCUCUUCCAGAAGACAAAAAGGCANNUCUUGAAGAGAAGAAGCCAGCUCUUGAAGAAAAAAAGCCAGCUCCUAAAGAUAAAAAGCCAGCUCUUGAAGACAAAAAGUUACCCCCAGGAGCAAAAACAGCAGCUCUAGAAGAGGAACAGAAACGAGGCCUGCUUAAAACUCGAGCACAAAUUUCUGAAAAAAAACCUGAAGGCAGAGUGGCUCUGGAGGUGGUGCAAGAAAAGAAACAACCACAGAUCAAGAUGGAAGAUUUACCGUCUGGCACGCCUCAGAGCUUGCCUAAGGAAGAUGUUGGAAUGACUCAAAAAUUAAAAGAACAGCCACAGGCAGCAUGCACAGCAAAGCCUGAUCAGGUGGAAACUGGGAAGGAAAAAACAGAAAAGGAAGAUGACAAAUCAGAUGCUUCAGGUUCUCAGCAGCCGAAAAGCCCACAAGGUCUGAGUGACACAGGUUAUUCUUCUGAUGGAAUAUCAAGUUCACUUGGUGAAAUUCCAAGUCUUAUUCCAAGUGAUGAAAAGGAUUUGCUCAAGGGGCUCAAAAAGGACUCCUUUUCACAAGAAAGCAGCCCUUCCAGCCCCUCAGAUUUGGCUAAGUUGGAAAGUACAGUCCUAUCCAUUUUGGAAGCUCAGGCAAGUACACUUGUUGAAGAAAAGUCAGAAAAGAGAACCCAACCCCUUGAGGUUACUCCUGAGCAGCCUAAGGACCAACAGAAAACUCCGACUUUAGCUGAAACAUUGGAAUCUACAGUUUCAGAGGAAGAGCUGAAAGAAAGUCAAGAAGAAAAAGACAUUUUUAAAAAAGAGAGCCAGCAAGACAUUCCUUCCAGAAAAGACCACGAGGAGAAGUCUGAAUUUGUUGAUGAGUUGGCUCCAAGAAGGCAGCCUUAUGAUUCAAUUGAAGACAGUAGCGAAAGUGAAAACUCACCUGUUCCACAAAGAAAACGGAGAACCAGUGUUGGCUCAUCAAGCAGUGAUGAAUAUAAACAAGAAGAUAGUCAAGGAUCAGGUGAAGAGGAGGACUUUAUUCGAAAGCAGAUCCUAGAAAUGAGUGCGGAUGAAGAUGCUUCAGGUUCCGAAGAUGAUGAGUUCAUUAGGAACCAGCUCAAAGAGAUUAGUGGUAGUAUGGAGAGCCAGAAGAAGGAAGAAACAAAAGGGAAGGGGAAAGUAACAGCAGGGAAACACAGGCGAUUGACUCGAAAAAGUAGUGCGAGCUUUGAUGAAGAUGCCGGCAGACGCCAUUCAUGGCACGAUGAAGACGAUGAGACAUUUGAUGAAAGUCCUGAACUUAAAUACAGAGAAACUAAAAGUCAGGAGAGUGAAGAGCUUGUAACAGCUGGAGGAGGGGGGCUACGUCGAUUCAAAACCAUUGAACUCAACAGUACAUUAGCAGAUAAAUAUUCUGCAGAGUCAUCGCAGAAAAAAACGACUUUGUAUUUUGACGAAGAGCCAGAGUUAGAAAUGGAAAGCCUGACAGACUCUCCAGAAGAUCGGUCAAGGGGUGAAGGAUCUUCUAGUCUUCAUGCUUCCAGCUUCACUCCUGGCACCUCCCCAACAUCAGUCUCGUCACUUGAUGAGGACAGUGACAGUAGCCCAAGUCACAAAAAAGGAGAGAGCAAACAGCAACGCAAAGCUCGACACAGAUCCCAUGGCCCUCUUUUACCUACAAUCGAAGAUUCUUCCGAGGAAGAAGAAUUGAGAGAGGAAGAAGAAUUAUUGAAGGAGCAAGAAAAGCAGCGGGAAUUAGAACAGCAGCAAAGAAAGAGCUCCAGUAAGAAAUCCAAGAAAGACAAAGAUGAACUCCGAGCUCAGAGAAGGCGGGAAAGACCAAAGACACCACCCAGUAAUCUCUCCCCCAUUGAAGAUGCAUCUCCAACAGAAGAGUUGCGUCAGGCUGCAGAAAUGGAGGAACUCCAUCGAUCCUCGUGUUCUGAAUAUUCACCAAGCAUAGAGUCAGACCCAGAGGGUUUUGAAAUAAGCCCAGAAAAAAUAAUAGAAGUACAAAAAGUUUAUAAAUUGCCCACAGCUGUGUCUUUAUACUCACCGACAGAUGAGCAAUCUAUUAGGCAGAUAGAAGUUGGCCAAAAGGCGUUAAAAAGUGCUGAGGAGAUGUAUGAAGAAAUGAUGCAUAAAACCCAGAAAUAUAAAGCUUUUCCAGCUGCAAAUGAACAAGAUGAAAUGUUUGAAAAAGAGCCUUUGUAUGGUGGGAUGUUAAUAGAGGAUUAUAUUUAUGAAUCUUUAGUAGAGGACACAUAUAAUGGUUCAGUAGCUGGCAGUCUGCUACCGAGGCAAGAAGAAGAAAAUGGAUUUAUGCAGCAGAGAGGGAGAGAGCAAAAAAUAAGACUUCCAGAACAGAUUUAUGAAGAUCCUAUGCAGAAAAUUACAGACCUCCAGAAAGAGUUUUAUGAGUUAGAAAGCUUACAUGCAGUUUUGCCUCAAGAAGACAUUGUUUCGAGCUCUUAUAUCAUCCCGGAAAGCCAUGAAAUUGUGGAUCUGGGUAGCAUGGUAACUUCUACCAGUGAAGAAAAAAAAUUAUUAGAUGCUGAUGCUGCCUAUGAAGAACUCAUGAAAAGGCAGCAGAUGCAGUUAACACCUGGAUCCAGUCCAACCCAGCCUCUCAUCAGGGAUGAUAUGACAGAGUCCACUUUGGACUUUGAUAGGGUGCCUGACGCAUCUUUGACAUCAAGUGUUCUCUCAGGAGCAUCUCUCACAGAUUCGACCAGCAGUGCAACACUCUCCAUCCCAGAUGUUAAAAUAACCCAACAUUUUUCAGCAGAAGAAAUUGAGGAUGAAUAUGUCACUGAUUAUACAAGAGAAAUUCAAGAGAUAAUUGCUCAUGAGUCACUGAUUUUGACCUACUCUGAGCCUUCAGAAAGUGCUACAUCUGUCCCACCCUCUGACACACCUUCUCUCACGUCAUCGGUUUCUUCAGUUUGUACCACAGAUAGCUCGUCACCCAUUACUACCCUGGAUAGCAUAACCACAGUUUAUCCUGAGCCGGUGGACAUUGUAACCAAAUUUGCAGAUUCUGAGGAAAUUUCUUCAUCAACGUAUUUCCCAGGCAGCGUUAUAGACUAUCCGGAAGAUAUAAGUAUACCUUUAGAUCGGACUGCCAUACCAGAUGGUAGAGCUAGUGCUGAUCAUGUUGUGAUUUCCUUACCUGAUGUGGAACCUCCUCCCAUGGAAUCUGUAGGAAUGAAACCUGAGGAGCUAAUUGUUUCCACUGACUUAUCUACAUCUGGGAAAGAGCCAGUGAAGAAAGCCAAGAAGGAAAUGGGGAAUGGGAUUAUUCUAGAAGUUUUAGAUGCUUACAGAGAUAAAAGGAAGGAGUCUGAGGCUGAACUAUCAAAAAUUAGCUUAUCUGAAACUCGGUUUGAUCAAACACCUUCUUCUGCAAUAGCCCUUCCAAUGAAGGAGAAGGUUUCAACUAUAUGCUUUGUAUCUGAAGAGCUUUUUGGUCAAGCAAAACCUGCAUCUCAAUUACCAUCUGGCACUCCUCCUGUUUCCUCUCUUCCAACUAAAGCUCGUCCAUUCCUUCGAAGUUCUUCUCUGGACACAUCAGCUCCGCCUCCUCCCCCUCCUCCUCCCCCUCCUCCUCCCCCCUCCCCCUCCCCCCCUCCUCCUCCCCCACCUCUUCCUCCACCAACCUCACCUAAACCAACUAUUCAUCCUAAAAAAAAGGUAGCGGUUACAGCUCCAGUGGCUGUAACUACUACCACUGCACCUCUGGUCGAUUCUGUUACUACAGCAGAGACCACAGCUGUUUCAAGAAGUAAUGGGUUACCUUCCACAAGAAUAUGCACCACUGCUCCUCCUCCUGUUCCCCCUAAGCCAUCUUCGAUUCCAACUGGACUUGUAUUUACACACAGACCUGAGCCAAGCAAACCUCCAGUUGCCCCUAAACCAGCAGUUCCUCAACCUCUGGCAACUACACAGAAACCAACAGAUGCACACCCCAAACCAGCAGGUCUGCCUUUAACUUCAACUAUGACAUUAAAUCUAGUCACUUCAGCAGAUUAUAAAUUGCCUUCCCCUACCUCCCCAGUUUCCCCUCACUCUAACAAAUCCUCGCCAAGAUUUUCCAAAUCCCUCAUGGAAACUUAUGUGGUUAUCACAUUGCCAUCUGAACCUGGGACUCCAACAGAUUCUUCGAUUAGUCAAGUAAUUACCAGUUGGCCCUUGGGAUCACCCCCCAAAGAUUUGGUUUCUGUUGAACCAAUAUUUUCUGUAGUUCCUCCUGCAACAGCUGCAGAAAUAUCAAGUCCUUCACAACAGAGUCUGUACAUCUCAGGAGCUUUGGAGACACUUUCUGCUAUCCCUGUCACAUUACCAUCUUCAUUUCAAGCAGCCCCAGCCUUAGUUACACAGUUUCUCCCAGCUGAAGUUUCCAAGGCUGAGGUUUUGGCAGCCAGAAGUGCAGUCCCUGGUGUUGGUCUCAGCAGUGUCUCUGUAUCAGUUCCUCCAGAGCCUCUUGCUCUAGAUAGCCUACAUUCAGAGAAACGUCCACCUCAAGAAAAUGCAAAGUUGCAACUUGUUAGCGAUGCCAUUGAUUUGCGUACAGUACCCAAAGUAGAGGCUAAAACGCCUGAAAAAUGUAUGGAUCUUUCUGCUUCUGCGAUGGAUGUGAAAAGGCAGACCACAGCAAGUGAAAUUUAUGGGAGACAGAUCAGUGCUGUCCAACCCUCUAUUAUCAAUCUCAGUGCAACUUCGUCAGUAGGGACGCCAAUAUCCCUGGUCACCGAGGCAGUGACUGCUGUCACGAGCGCAGCUAGUCCAAGUUACACCACAGCCACAGAAAGCCUAGUGGGCGUAGGACAUGCAACAACAGCACCGCUCCAGCUCACUACGUCAAAGCAUGCUGAGCCCCCAUGCAGGGUACCAAGGGGCCAGGCCUUUGCUUCAGGUAGGGAGGAAGCACCAAUGAACUUAUCAUUAAGUACUUCAGCGCACGCAGUGACGUCAGCUGUGACAAAACCUGUUACUGCGCCUCCUGUUGGGGUCACAAAUGGAUGGACUGAUAGCACCGCAUCCCAGGGGAUCCCUGAUGGGGAAGUUGUGGAUCUCAGUACAACAAAGUCUCAUAGAACUGUUGUGACCAUGGAUGAAGCUACUUCACACGUGGUGACCAAAAUAAUAGAAGAUGAUGAAAAACCUGUUGAUCUGACAGCAGGAAGAAGAGCUGUGUGCUGUGAUGUGGUUUAUAAGUUACCUUUUGGAAGGAGCUGCACGGCCCAGCAGCCUGCAACUACACUCCCCGAGGAUCGGUUUGGUUAUAGGGAUGAUCAUUAUCAGUAUGACCGAUCAGGGCCAUAUGGUUAUAGAGGGAUUGGGGGAAUGAAGCCUUCCAUGUCUGACACUAAUUUAGCGGAGGCUGGACAUUUUUUUUAUAAAAGUAAGAAUGCAUUUGAUUAUUCUGGAGGAACUGAUGCAGCAGUAGAUCUAACUUCAGGGAGAAUGACUGCAGGUGAGGUAAUGGAUUAUUCAAGCAAGACCACAGGCCCAUAUCCAGAAACACGACAAGUCAUUUCAGGAGUCGGGAUUAGUACCCCACAAUAUUCCACAGCAAGGAUGACUCCACCUCCAGGAUCCCAGUAUGGUGUGGGGAGUGUCUUGAGGUCAUCUAACGGUGUUGUCUAUUCUUCAGUAGCGACUCCGAUUCCCUCCACAUUUGCUAUCACCACACAACCAGGCUCCAUUUUCAGCACCACAGUCAAGGACUUGUCUGGCGUGCACACAACUGAGGCGGUGACUUCAUUCUCCGCCCUGCACCAGAGCCAGCCGCUGCCUAGAUCAUAUUUCCUAACGACAGGUGCAUCUGAAACAGACAUUGCGGUAACCGGUAUUGAUAUCAGUGCCAGUCUGCAAACUAUCACUAUGGAAACUCUUACUGCUGAGACAAUGGACUCAGUUCCCACUUUAACCACAGCAUCUGAAGUCUUUUCUGGAGUGGUGGCAGAGGAAAGUGCACUCCUAAUUGUCCCUGAAGAAGAUAAACAACAGCAGCAGCUGGACUUGGAGCGUGAGCUCCUGGAACUGGAGAAAAUUAAGCAACAGCGUUUUGCUGAGGAAUUGGAGUGGGAACGGCAGGAAAUUCAAAGGUUCCGAGAGCAGGAAAAGAUCAUGGUUCAGAAGAAACUGGAAGAGCUGCAAUCAAUGAAGCAGCACCUCCUCUAUCAGCAGGAAGAAGAGCGGCAAGCCCAGUUCAUGAUGAGGCAGGAGACGCUGGCUCAGCAACAACUGCAGCUGGAACAGAUCCAGCAGCUGCAGCAACAACUUCACCAGCAGCUAGAGGAGCAGAAGAUUCGCCAGAUCUACCAGUACAACUAUGACCCUUCUGGGACAGCUUCUCCACAAACCACUGCAGAGCAGGCCAUUUUGGAAGGUCAGUAUGCUGCGCCAGAAGGUGGUCAGUUUUGGGCAGCUGAAGAUACAACCACCACAGCCUCAGCCGUGGUGGCGAUUGAAAUACCACAGAGCCAAGGAUGGUACACAGUUCAGUCUGAUGGCGUGACUCAGUACAUUGCCCCACCUGGAAUCCUGAGUAGUGUUUCAGAAAUCCCCCUGACAGACGUUGUUGUGAAAGAUGAGAAACCACCCAAAAAGAGAAGUUCUGGAUCUAAAGUCCGUGGACAGUACGAUGAGAUGGGGGACAGUCUGGCAGAUGAUCCCCGCUGCUUUAAAAAGAUAGUGGACAGUGGUGUACAAACUGACGAUGAAGAUGCCACGGAUCGGAGUUAUGUGAGCAGGAGGCGGAGAGCUAAAAAGAGCGUGGAUACAAGCGUACAGACUGACGACGAAGAUCAGGAUGAAUGGGAUGUGCCUACAAGAUCAAGGAGAAAACCUCGUGUAGGGAAAUACGGGAACGGCACCGCAGAGGCUGACAAGACCAAACCCCUUUCCAAAGUCUCCAGUAUAGCAGUGCAGACAGUAGCAGAGAUAUCUGUGCAAACUGAACCAGUCGGAACCAUAAGAACACCUUCAAUACGGGCACGCAUGGAUGCCAAGGUAGAAAUAAUUAAACACAUUUCUGCACCUGAAAAGACUUACAAAGGGGGCAGUGUAGGCUGUCAAACAGAAGCAGAUUCAGACACACAGAGCCCUCAGUAUCUGAGCGCCACAUCUCCACCCAGAGACAAGAAGCGCCCAACACCUUUAGAGAUCGGUUAUUCAUCUCACCUCCGGGCAGAGUCCACAUUACAGCUGGCUCCUUCCCCGCCCAAAUCUCCAAAGGUCCUUUAUUCACCCAUCUCACCACUUUCACCAGGGAAAGCCUUAGAAUCAGCCUUUGUACCUUAUGAGAAACCCCUCCCUGAUGAUGUAAGUCCACAGAAAGUACUGCAUCCAGAUAUGGCUAAAGUUCCCCCGGCAAGUCCUAAGACCGCCAAGAUGAUGCAGCGGUCCAUGUCUGACCCCAAGCCUCUGAGUCCAACUGCAGACGAAAGUUCCAGGGCUCCUUUUCAGUAUACCGAGGGCUACACGACAAAAGGUUCUCAAACCAUGACACCCUCUGGCACUCAGAAAAAAGUGAAGAGAACUCUGCCAAACCCACCUCCUGAGGAGACCGCCACAGGAACUCAGUCAACGUUCAGCACAAUGGGCACAGUUUCCCGGAGAAGGAUCUGCAGAACCAACACGAUGGCGCGAGCCAAGAUUCUGCAGGAUAUUGACAGAGAGCUGGAUCUUGUCGAGAGGGAAUCUGCAAAGCUUAGAAAGAAACAAGCAGAACUUGAUGAGGAAGAAAAGGAGAUCGAUGCCAAAUUACGGUACCUGGAAAUGGGGAUUAACAGGAGGAAAGAGGCAUUAUUAAAGGAGAGAGAAAAGAGGGAGAGAGCCUACCUCCAGGGAGUAGCUGAGGACCGUGAUUACAUGUCCGACAGUGAGGUCAGCAGCAGCAGGCCCACCCGGAUAGAAAGUCAGCACGGCAUAGAGCGGCCACGAACUGCUCCCCAGACUGAAUUCAGCCAGUUUAUACCACCACAAACCCAAACAGAAUCUCAGCUGGUUCCUCCUACAAGUCCUUAUACCCAGUACCAGUACUCUUCCCCCGCUCUUCCGACCCAAGCACCCACCCCAUACACCCAACAAUCCCAUUUUCAGCAACAGACUUUGUACCAUCAGGAAGUUUCACCUUAUCAGACUCAGCCAACAUUCCAAGCUGUGGCCACGAUGUCCUUCACACCUCAAGCUCAGCCUACCCCGACCCCACAACCUUCUUAUCAGUUACCAUCACAGAUGAUGGUGAUACAACCAAAGCCGCGGCAAACCACGUUAUAUUUGGAGCCCAAGAUAACUUCAAACUAUGAGGUGAUUCGCAACCAACCCCUGAUGAUAGCACCUGUUUCUAGUGAUAAUACAUAUGCCGUUUCGCACCUUGGUAGUAAGUACAAUAGCUUAGACUUGAGAAUAGGCUUGGAGGAAAGAAGUAGCAUGGCGAGCAGUCCAAUAUCAAGCAUAUCUGCAGAUUCUUUCUAUGCAGAUAUUGACCAUCAUACUUCACGAAAUUAUGUCCUCAUUGAUGACAUUGGAGAGAUCACCAAAGGAACCACAGCAUUAAGCACUGUGUUCAGCCUUCAUGAAAAAGAUCUGUCAAAAACAGACCGUCUCCUUCGAACCACUGAGACACGUAGAUCUCAAGAAGUGACAGAUUUCCUAGCCCCUUUGCAGACUUCCUCCAGAUUGCAUAGCUAUGUGAAAGCAGAGGAAGACCCGAUGGAGGAUCCUUAUGAGUUAAAGCUUCUGAAACAUCAGAUUAAGCAAGAAUUCCGUAGAGGGGCCGAGAGCUUAGAUCACCUCGCUGGUCUGUCCCAUUAUUACCAUGCUGAUACUAGCUAUAGGCAUUUCCCCAAGUCUGAAAAGUAUAGCAUUAGUAGACUUACACUUGAAAAACAAGCAGCAAAACAACUACCAGCGGCCAUACUUUAUCAAAAGCAGUCAAAGCAUAAGAAAUCACUGAUUGACCCAAAAAUGUCAAAAUUUUCACCUAUUCAAGAAAGUAGAGACCUUGAACCUGAUUAUUCGAGCUAUAUGACUUCUAGCACUUCAUCUAUUGGUGGCAUCUCUUCCAGGGCAAGGCUUCUUCAAGAUGAUAUCACUUUUGGCCUCAGAAAAAAUAUAACGGACCAGCAAAAGUUUUUGGGAUCAUCUCUUGGCACAGGACUGAGCACAUUAGGAAGUACCAUACGGUCAGCUCUGCAGGAUGAAGCAGAUAAGCCAUACAGCAGUGGGAGCAGAUCCAGACCUUCUUCCAGACCUUCCUCUGUCUAUGGGCUUGACUUAUCAUUGAAAAGAGAUUCAUCCAGCUCUUCUCUAAGACUGAAAGCUCAAGAAGCUGAAGCUCUAGAUGUCUCCUUCGGUCAUGCAUCACCCUCUGGCCGUACUAAGCCUACCAGUUUGCCGAUCAGCCAGAGCAGAGGACGGAUACCAAUUGUGGCCCAGAAUUCUGAAGAAGAAAGUCCACUCAGUCCUGUUGGCCAGCCAAUGGGAAUGGCCAGGGCUGCAGCUGGACCCCUGCCACCAAUAUCUGCAGACACCCGGGAUCAGUUUGGAUCAAGUCACUCACUGCCUGAAGUUCAGCAGCACAUGAGAGAAGAAUCACGGACUCGAGGCUAUGAUCGUGACAUAGCGUUCAUCAUGGAUGACUUCCAACAUGCCAUGUCAGACAGUGAAGCCUAUCACCUGCGUCGUGAAGAAACAGAUUGGUUUGACAAACCCAGGGAGUCUCGUUUGGAAAAUGGACACGGUCUGGAUCGAAAACUGCCAGAAAGAUUGGUCCACUCUAGACCACUCAGUCAACAUCAAGAGCAAAUUAUACAGAUGAACGGGAAAACCGUGCACUACAUCUUUCCUCAUGCAAGGAUAAAAAUAACAAGAGACUCCAAGGAUCACACGGUUUCAGGUAAUGGAUUAGGAAUUAGAAUUGUGGGUGGUAAAGAAAUCCCUGGACAUAGUGGAGAAAUUGGAGCCUAUAUUGCCAAGAUUCUUCCUGGCGGAAGUGCAGAACAGACAGGGAAACUUGUGGAAGGCAUGCAAGUGUUGGAAUGGAAUGGAGUUCCUUUAACUUCUAAAACAUAUGAAGAAGUGCAGAGUAUCAUUAGUCAGCAAAGUGGGGAAGCAGAAAUAUGUGUAAGACUGGACCUCAAUAUGCUAUCCGAUUCUGAAAAUCCCCAGCACCUAGAACUUCAUGAACCACCAAAAGCUGUGGAUAAAGCGAAGUCCCCAGGGGUGGAUCCUAAACAGCUGGCAGCAGAGCUCCAGAAGGUUUCGCUACAGCAGUCACCCCUGGUUCUGUCGUCCGUCGUUGAAAAAGGAUCUCACGUUCAUUCGGGUCCUACGUCAGCAGGAUCCAGUUCUGUUCCCAGCCCCGGACAGCCAGGGUCACCGUCAGUGAGCAGAAAGAAACACAGCAGCAGCAAGCCUACUGAUGCAACAAAGGUCGUUUCUCAUCCAAUUACUGGGGAAAUUCAGCUUCAAAUCAACUAUGAUCUUGGAAAUCUCAUAAUACAUAUUCUCCAAGCAAGAAACCUUGUCCCCCGAGACAACAAUGGUUACUCGGACCCCUUUGUUAAGGUGUAUCUUCUUCCAGGGCGAGGUCAAGUCAUGGUUGUCCAGAACGCAAGUGCUGAGUACAAGAGAAGGACUAAAUAUGUUCAGAAAAGUCUUAAUCCUGAGUGGAAUCAAACAGUUAUUUAUAAAAGUAUCUCCAUGGAACAGCUCAAGAAGAAAACACUGGAGGUGACAGUCUGGGAUUAUGACAGAUACUCUUCCAAUGACUUUCUUGGUGAGGUAUUGAUUGAUUUUUCUAGCACAUCUCACCUCGAUAACACUCCUAGGUGGUAUCCUCUCAAAGAACAGACUGAAAGCAUUGAUCAUGGCAAGUCCCAUUCCAGUCAAAGCAGCCAGCAGUCCCCGAAGCCAUCUGUCAUCAAAAGCAGGAGCCAUGGUAUCUUCCCUGACCCAUCCAAGGACAUGCAGGUUCCCACCAUUGAGAAAUCCCAUAGUAGCCCCGGUAGCUCGAAAUCCUCAUCUGAAGGUCAUCUCCGCUCUCACGGACCAUCCCGCAGUCAAAGCAAAACCAGCGUCACUCAGACCCACCUGGAAGACGCGGGGGCUGCCAUAGCCGCUGCCGAAGCCGCCGUGCAACAGCUCCGCCUUCAACCAACCAAUGGCAACCAAGACCAAAGCCAGCUAGCCCUCAGGAAGGUGAUGUCUGAUGGACCAGUCAAGCCAGAAGGAGCCAAGCCCACCAAUCACCGGCCUGCAGAAAGCUCCGUGUCCACUGGCUCCUCGGGCAGCAGCUUUGGCAGUGGGUAUAGCGUGGACAGUGAAGGAAGCAGCAGCACCGCAGGGGAAACUAAUCUAUUUCCUAUUCCAAGGAUAGGGAAGAUGGGGCAGAAUGGGCAAGAGCCUAUCAAACAGCCAGGAGUAGGAGCAGGAGUGGCAGACGCUGAAGUUAAAACUCAGGUAAUGGGAGAAAUCAAGAUCGCAUUGAAGAAAGAAAUGAAAACAGAUGGUGAACAACUAAUAGUUGAAAUACUCCAGUGCAGAAAUAUCACCUACAAAUUUAAAUCUCCUGAUCACUUACCAGAUUUAUAUGUGAAAAUAUAUGUGAUGAACAUUUCUACCCAAAAAAAGGUGAUCAAGAAAAAAACAAGAGUAUGUAGACAUGACCGAGAGCCUUCAUUCAAUGAAACGUUUAGGUUCAGCCUAAGUCCUGCUGGACAUUCUCUUCAGAUUUUACUUUUUUCCAAUGGAGGGAAGUUUAUGAAAAAGACCUUGAUUGGUGAAGCCUGUAUCUGGCUUGACAAAGUGGAUCUCAGAAAAAGAAUAGUCAACUGGCACAAACUUUUGGUCAGUCCUACUCAAACCCAUUGAAGAAAUGUGUCUGCUCAGGGUAUAGAAAGUGCUUUAUAUAAUCUUAAAUCAACAGUAUAGUUGUAUACUAUUGUUCUAAGCUAUGUUUUCAGGGGUAACCAUGAAAGGAGGAACAAAAGGCAAAAACAUACUUGAUGCCUUGUAAACUUAUUGCUGUGGAACAUAGGAAAAAACUCAAAUGAGAAAGUUCAUAUAUUGAAGACAAAAAAAAGGAGCUCUGAAAUCCUGGAUUUCUUGUGGCUGUAAAGAAGGACGGUGAGAGAAGUUUUAAUUACUUAAUGCAAAAAUCUUUGAGUAGAGUUGAGCUAUAGGUAACUAAAGGCAGAGGCACAAAGAUUAGAUUGGUUUCUGAUGCAGACAGAAGUAACAUUUCAUGCAAGACAACAUGAAAGGAAAGAACUGAUGUUACAAAUCUGAGUUUUCUGAAGUACAGAAGUCUCUCCUCUUCAUCUUACCUUCUCAGACAACUAACUGUUUUGAGAUUCUGACGUAGGAUACACCUACAAUAAUGUGUCCAAGGCCGGAAGCAAGGAGGUUGUGUUUGUAGGGAAAAGGGAACUGGAGAUGUAGCAACUAUAGCUUUUAGACCAUAUUGUACAGGUUUUCUCUGUGUCUAAAUGUUACCAGGGUGAACACUACCACUUUUGGAAUUGAUGUUGUAAAAGCACAUUUGUAUAAUUUGAAAUAAUGUAUAGUGAAGAUAAUAGUAAGUAGAAAUGGAGUUACAUUUAUCUAGAAAUAAAGCCAUGACUGGCUAACAAAAAAAGAAUGCUGGAACCCCACAAAAUAUUUGGAAUCUUGGCUGAAAACAUCAAAAUCUUCAUAACUUACCCUGAAGCCAAGAUAUUUCCAAUCUACAUACCAAAGGACCUAGAUCACAUUGGUAUGUUCUAGGAAGCAUGGUAAUUUGUCCUUUGUGGAACUGCAGAUAAAUGCAUUAGCCCACCUGUUUUCUUUCUCUUCAGCGAUAUAUUGACAGAGAGAAAAUUCUUCCUCUGGUAAACCAAUUAUAGUAAUCUGUGACAUUGAGUAAUUAACUUGGUAUCAUUUCCUGCUCUUCCACCAUUUUUUUCCCUUAAUACUGACUGUAAAAUGAAGACCUUGACACCAAAUUCAUGUUCUCUUCGUGCCCUUUUUCCUACGUUAAUGACAGUAUCACAGUGAUCAAGUUCAUCAAUAUGUGAAAAAAUCAACAUUAUGUUGCAGUUAAAAUAUGCUUUGAGUUACUUUAAUAAUAUAGCAUAAAAGGACCAAUGUCUAAGUCAUUAAAAUGAAGCAUCCUUUCCCCCAUCAACCAACAACAUUAACGAAGGAAGUAACAUGGAAUUACAGGGGACACACUCAACUGGGAUUAAAAGGCUGACUUUGGCUCUUGGUUCUGCCACUGACUGUGUCACCUUGUACGUGUCACUUAAACUAAAUUGUGCUCAAUGUUCAUAUUUGUAGGACAAUAUAAUUACAUAUUCCUAGCCUUCCUAAUGGGAUGUUAGGAUGCCCAAACUAAGUGAUCUAUGAGAGAAGAUGAAAGCACAUUUCCAAAUAGAGUUUUUAUACAUAUAAGUGAGGAAUAAGUAUUACGCAGUUUUUUAUUUCUCAAAUUCUAUAUGUGAAAAAGCAUCUUCCAAACCAAUGGCAAGCACUAACAUGGAUAAAAGAGUAUACUAGCUCCAAAACUAGUUUUUUAGUUAAAUGACAAACUUCUUUUUAACUGAACAUGGUAAACAGUUCAAUGAAAAUGAUUUGCAAAUAGGGUUGUCAUAAAUUAAAUAAAUUAUAGAGAUCUUAUCCUAUUCCAUAGCCACAAAAAUAAAUUAAUUAAAUUGCUUCUCAGCAAAUGCUGAGUUUAGAAGCUGCUGCUCUGUUCAAGGGUGAGGUUUUAGUGGGAUCAGAGAAAUCAUCUCCAAAUAUAUAGAUCAGCUCUUGAACGUUCUCAUUUUUAAAGAAAAACAUACUUUAAAUCUGAGAGAAAUUGGUUACAUUUAAGACAUUAAAAAACAACUUCUAAUAAAUCCCAGGUAUUCAGAAAGAAAUACAAAUUCACUCCUUUCCAGUCUGAGAAACGUUAACAGUCACUUUUUUUCCUUCUAUGUUUUGGUCUCCCCUCCGACGGUGCAGUGUGAUUUAUCAUCGAUACUGCUCUAAAAUGAGCAUGUGGCGAGGGGAUCACUCAAAGAUUUGAUAUUGCUAGGAUUUUAUUUUUAGAGACCACUAGACCUGCUGAUGGUUGCCAUGGAUAUUUCCAGCAGAGUUUAGCACUUGAGGAAGCUUAUGAUCAUCACUCAGAAUUGGGUAAGAAAAGGGUUCAGGAAGAUCUCCUUCUGAUACAAAGGCUCUGCUGUUCGUCCUUAAAAGGAAACCCUGGCUCACCAUGGGUUCUUUUCUACAGCCACUUACAUCCAGAAGUGUGCAUGACAAGUUUGUGACCAGCUAGCUUACUUCAUUCCAGUUGCAGUUUCUUUUAGAAUACGUAAAAAGGAGGUGCCACCAGAACAAAAAUCAUACCUUGGUAGCUAUUUGACCUGAAAGGGGAGUCUUUCCAUUAUAGGUGCCCCUCUGUUCCAAGAAGUGGUGAUGGAGCCAGGCCAAUCAAGAGAGUUAUGACAGGGCUUCUUGUUGUGCACCAGCAUCCCGCUUCAGAGAGGAUAAGAUCCUGCCAAGGGUGCCAAGUCUGCCACUGACCAAACACCUAGGUUGUACUGGAAUUGUUCUAUGCAACACUGAUCCUUAUACGAAUGCAUUUCUUCUAAGUGAUAUUGAUUACCCUUCUUACAACAAAACUAUUUCUUUUUUAAUUGCAAAGAGGGCUCUUGGUGUUUUUUUACUUUUUUGUAUAUAUCACAGCACAUGAUUUUCCACUUUUUACUUUAUUUAUUUUAUCGGAAUCAGCUUUUUUUUAUCCUAAUAGAGACAAAGUUUGUAAUCUCUAAAUAACACAUUGGAUUCGUCCAGUGACAGCACUUAUACCUUGAAAAGCAUCUCAGCUUUUCCCACAGUCUCACUGAGUCAUCAGAGACAGAAGUUGCUUCUUGGUUUAAAAUUUGGUCCUCAAGAAACUUUUAUUUGUAGAAGCAAAAGCACAGAGUGAACUUUUACAAAAGACAGGGAUGUCUAUAAUGGUCGUUGCAGACAUAGAUAACAGUAGGAGAAAGAGGUUGGUGUUUCCCCGUUUUUACUUAAGAUUAAAGAGAUUUUUGGUGACUCUCAACUCUUUAUUUACCAUUUCAGCUUCAAAGAACAGUAUCCAAGACUGAGGGGUAGUGAAUGUCUGUGCUUCUUAACAUUGCCCAUAUUGUAAGUAAUCACAUGAAUAAAUGCGUAUUUUCAACAUAUCAGUGGAUUUAAUUUUGUGGAUCACACACAUUAAAGUAGUCGUAUUGUGGCCUAUUAUAGCUGGUAACCAGCUGAUAUUGCUUCUUAUUAUAGGAACGGUUGUGAUGACAGUGGAAUAGAGGUAGUGACACUAGGUUGGUGGUGAUGUGCAGUAAAAUAAAAUUAUAUACUAUAUUGUGCCCAACUUAUUAGAAAUUAUUUGAUUAAUGUUUCAUUUCAUUAAGAUAUCAUAAAGAUGUUUAUAGUAUUUUUUUACUUUAUUAUUUAAAUCAUAACUAACGAUAUUUUUAAAAACUUAUUUUCAUUGCUACAAUGUCUAAUAUUCCAAAAGCAGCCAACUGCAGCUAUAUAUAUGUGUUUAUAACUCUACAUGUGACAGAGUGAUUUUUCCCUCUUUUUGAGCUUGAGAUGGAAGUAAAAGAAAGCUCAGUGAAUAUAAUUAUGAGCUGUCUCUUUAAUAAUAACUUGCCUUUGAUGUAAAACAAGAAUGAAUGAGUGAAACUGAUACUCUCAUUGAAUAUGACACACUGAUGUCUUCUGUAUGUUCCAUGUUGUUAUCAUUAAAGGUACCCUUUAAAGCAAAAUCAUUUAACCAAGUGAUUCCUUAUCUGAUAGGUAGAUUGAGAGCAUUUUCUUAAUUCGUUACCCUGUACAUAACUAUACAUGUGGUAACCUAGACAAAGUGGAAAUACUACUUUCAUGUGGCAUUCAGCAUGUGAAUGUGAUUAUUGUUUGAUCGUGUCUGUAUAUUUGUUGGUGAUGUGCUCAGGUGCUCCCACUACCAAUUAAUGUGUGUGCUGAUAGGCUAACAGAAAUACACCUGACGUUAAAGAAAAUAAAUUUCUUCUAUGAAAAAGUAAAAACCUAAUAAAAUUGAUUUCAAAAUUAACAGUAGAGUACUUGGAAAUAUAUCUUGUUUCUAACUGUAUGUUGCAUGCCGUGUUGGUGACUUGCUAAUGUGUUCUUUUUUCUGUUCUACCCAAAUCUCUGUGGAAAAUCUAAAGAACAAAUACAAAUUCUUGGGCUAAAGGUUGUAUAAAUUUAACUGAAAUACAUGAGAAUUGUAUAAAAACUGCUUGUAAAUCUGUCUUGAGUUUUACUCUAUGUAAAAAUAUGUCUUGGUUUUGUGAUUGUAUACAAGAUGUAUCUUGAUAACUAAUGCAAAUUGUGCUGUAUAAAGGCUGUGACCUCAGCCUUACUAAUAAAUAUUGAAAAUAUCAA